AUGUUUAGAUACAUCCUAGCUAACUCGUCCAAUCAGCAAGCCCUAGUCUUUGCCUCUACUGCCUUGACUAAGGUGGCUACUGCUAAUUGGACUGCCGUUACUGAGCAGCAGAGGGAAGAUAUGAAGAACUUCAUGUUAAACUACCUCUUCCAAAACUGUGAAGCCCUUCAGAACAGUGCUCCGUAA